CACGAGGCUGAAUCACUUGGCAUUCUUCAGGGUCACUCUUGUCCCCUGAACUCUUGGAUUUUAUGGUAAAUUGUAUGCGACAAGAAGAUUCCAGAGAGCGCCGCAGUGGCAGGAGCCUCCGACUCAUCAAACAAUGUCUAAUUCCAAUUACAUCGCGCAGCGCUGGGAAGACGCCCGGCAGAUAUGUCGAGAAAGCUUUUCAGACGACGAGAACCGAUAUCUCGACGAGAUUAAAGAUUGCGAUGAGUUCCAGAUCAGCUUGACUGCCGUUUCGGCGCAUCUGGACAGGGACGAGCAGUCAAAACUCUUGUAUCAGCUGAAGAAUACUUUGCGAUCCUUGGAGAACUUUGUUGCUCUUCUUGCAGUCACUAUUGGCAGGACUCCACUCGAUGCCUGCCUAAUCUGGGGCUUGCUGAGCUUGUUGAUACAGGCUGCGGCAAGAAUGCCAACUGUGCUGACGGAAACGAUCGAUAUGCUGAACAAUCUCGGGCAUGACCUCGAAGUGCUGCAGAUUCUGGAACGGUCCUUUGCCGACAAUCCCACAAUGAGAGACGACCUCAUCGCGAUAUUUGUCGAUAUAAUCACGUUCUGGGUGAAGAUCAUCCACUUUCUACGUCGGAAUCAACAAGAAACGUCUAUCAAGCUUUAUUGGUCUGCAGUGCAGAAGGACUGGGAGGCCACGAGCAAGAAAAUCCGGACCCGAUCAUCACAGAUAAAGGAGAAAGCGGAUGCUCUAGCAGCUACUUCGAUGCAGCCUGCCGCUCUACUAGAGAAGAUUGAGCGCCUCAACGAGUUACUGAUCAGCCAAAGACCUGGUACCGAAGACACACAGCAGAGCAUCUUCCCCUGCCAUAACAUACCGUAUCUGCAGAACUCUCACUUCAAACAGCGAGAUGCAGAGAUCCGUGAGAUUAGUCUUCAUCUUGCCCACGACGAGACGGCCCCUUCGUUCAAGAGUUUCGCCAUUUGGGGGCCUGGAGGCGUCGGAAAGACCCAAGUGGCCCUUGAAUACUGCUAUCAGGAGCUCGGGCGACAAAUCGACCUGAUCAUGUGGAUUGACUGUGAGACCGGCCUCUCAACAUCCAAAAGCUUCUCGUCUCUCGCUAAGAUGUUGCAACUCAACGGGGCCGAAAACGACACCGAUCCGGACAAUGCACGCCAUUUGAUACUCGACUGGCUCCGCAAAACCAACAUAUCCUGGCUCAUGGUUCUCGAUAACAUAGAAGAUACGAAGCUAGCUUGGGAUUGCUGGCCUCACGCGCCCCACGGUUCGAUACUCGUAACCUCCAGGACCGUCAUCAACGUAAACGACCCAACCGCCGCCGGCAUGGAGAUCAAAACCUUCAAUACCGCAAAGGGCGGCUCGAUUCUCCUACACCUCGUCAAUCGAUACCCGUACUCUGACGACGAGAAGCACGCCGCAGAAGAACUCUCGCACGAGCUUGGUGGUCUGGGGCUUGCGCUGACCGUCAUGGCAGCGCAGAUAAUCAGCCGACAGAAGAGCAUCCGCGCCUUUCUCAAGUUCUACCAACAACAUGCUUUACAGCUCCAUCGAGAGACGCGAGGGCUCGGGAUGUCUUACAAGGCCUCGCUUCGGACUUGCUGGAUCAGUACGUUCGAAAGCUUAGGCCCUGAAUCGACGACUCUGCUGAGCAUCAUUGCUUUUAUUGCCCCUAUUGAGACCUCAGAAGAGCUCUUUCAGCCCUCGGAUACAUCGGAUAUGGAAGAGCGGCUAUUACUGUGCGCAGAUGAAUUCACUUAUGAUAAUGCCAUGCAAGAGCUGCUUUCCGCAUCCCUCGUCCAUCGCGCAGCAGGUGCCAACUCCAUCAGUAUCCACCGCCUCAUCCAGCGUGAAUUCCGAAACUUCAUGUCCAUAGAUCAACUCUACUCCUCGUUUCUGGACAGUGCAACACUGCUCCACAAAGCGUUCCCGAAGCAAAUCAACGGGAACAGCCUCAGGAAUGAGUCUGUUCAAUGUAAGAAGUACAUCGAACACGCCCUCUUCCUGUGUCGUCAGUGGCAGACAUACAAGUUCAAGCCACGUACACCAGGCGAUUUUCUCACUUUCACACGACUCAUGACAAACUGCGGCUGGUAAGUGGGCACGAACAAGAACCCGCCAACCCCAAUGCCUUCUUUGUGCAAUGCUAA